AUGUCUUUUGUAUCUCUUUUUCUUGUGGUCAUUUUCAUGAUAUUUGCCGCCGGUGGUACUUCUCCACCGAUGGCCCAAGCUCAGAGUUUCACUAUAUCAACGAGAUUGACCAACACGAGUACUAGUGCUUUCAGACACAAACUUCGUCAAAAGCUACUAUCCCAAACCACAGAAACUCGACCCCUUAAUCUUGAUCCAGGCACGGUCUUCCCUGCUCUCCCGUCCGGCAUGGUCUACGUAAGCGCCCACAUUGGGACUCCUCCACUCACCAUCAACCUUGCUUUGGACACCCUCUUUCCAUUCACUUGGGUUCAGUCAGUGGAUUGCCAAAAAUGCUUCAACGUUUCACCCCCAUUUUCCAACUUUGACCCCAAGAAAUCCACCACUUUUCAACUUCUCCCUCCAACCAACACCACCAUCUGCUCGCCACCUCUCGCUCAUCUAUCGGCCGGUGCUGGAUCGUCGUGUGUUUACGACGCUGGGUAUAGCAGGGGCAUAUAUGGAAUCGACGAGUUCCAUUUGUUGUCUCCCCUGUCCUCCUCCUCCUCCUCCUCCUCUUCAACCAAUCUAAUUGCAUUCGGCUGUGGGAUCCGCUCCAUGGUGGACUUCGAUGGGGGGUGGGGGUACAACCCUAUCGGAGGGAUGAUAGGGUUAGGAAAAGGGCACCCUUCCAGCAUUGUAAGCCAACUAGGCUCCGACCGUUUCUCUUACUGCCUUCCCGGCCGGUCUGAUUCACACUCCGGCCAGCCAACCCUCAACUUCGGCUCUGAUGCCUUUAUUGAUGCUAGUGCUACAAAUGUACAAACAACUCCAAUCUCCGGCCACGAGUACUACAAUUACCUCAACUUGACCACCAUAACUGUAAACGGAGAUGUCGUGUACAUCAUGCCAGAAACCAGCUCUAGAGCAAAGCUUGUGCUCUUGGACACAGGAGAACCAACCACCUGGUUUGUUGAGGACGCCUAUUAUGGUCUGCAAGACGGCCUUGUGAGGUACUUUGCAGAGAUUUACGGUUGGAAGGAGCCCAAGAUAGUUUAUCCUAGUGUUUACGAUUUGUGUUACGAUCUUCCGACUAAUAUGUCUAGCAUCGUUUUCCCAAAAGUUGCUAUACAGUUCCUAGGUGGGGCUAGUUUAGAUCUGCAGGAUGCUUUUAAGAUCUUCCCGGAUGAGCAUCAGUUUUGCAUGGUCUUAAAGGAAGGUGCUCCAAAUGUGGUAGGUGUUUACCAGCAGAUGGGUUAUAGAUUCUUGUUUGAUCUCGCUCAGUCCAAGCUCUCUUUUGCUCCGAACAUGUGUUAA